AUGAUGCCAUUAAUAUUAGCAUGUAUGCAAGAUAAAUUUAAUAUUGUUCAACAUUUAAUAUUAAGUUAUCAGAUAAAUCUAGUGGCCAAAAGUUCAAAUGGACAUACAGCUUUAUAUUAUGAUUGUCUAUCAAAAUGUUCAAAUAAUAUAGAAAUUAUUCAAUUUUUAAUGAAAAAUGGAUUUACACUUGAAAAGGCACAUGAACCAAAGAAAACUAAUCCUGAUAUUAAUAAGUUACAUCAUGGUGCCACACUUCUUGAUCUUUUUUACGAUCGUACACAAUUAUAUCAUCAUUAUCUUGAUAUUCAAUAUCUUCGCCAUUUAUAA